UCAACUUGACGUUUGAUGAUGAUGUAAACAUAAGUGACGAUUUUAUUGCGAUUUAUGAAAUUCCUUAUCCCUAGUCUUUGCAUUGUUAAUUUUGCGUGCGUGUAGGACUAAAGUUGACAUUGUAGAUGUCCUAGCAAAUUGAUGGCCGAAGAUCAAGAAGUGCAACAGGAAGCAGGGGUAAACGGCGACCAGAUAGAAGGCACCGGUCGGAAUGAAGAAACGCAAGAAGAAAAUCGCUGGACGGACGAAUUGGCGGAACGAUUGAAUAUUCUUCACAAUGCAACAAUGCGAACGGGACGAGUUACAAAUGCAGAUCUCUACGAGGCAUAUAGAGUGUCUCUAGAAGCAGAGCGACCUAACCGGAUCCACAUGUUCUACGCUUUCGGCCUGGUUCUAUUCGUGAUGGUCGCCACUCCCAUCCUCUGCGAAGUCUUCCAAUUCCUCUUGGGUGUCCGUUGCUUUGUUCCGAAUAAUUACCUGGUCUGGGAGGCCACUCGUCCAAUAAGUGAUUGUCGAUUUUGUCGUGGCGUUCGUGGACCACUUGUCCUUCAUAACUUAACCCGCGAACAAUUCGCUCCGUUCGCAUAUUCUUCCCAACCCAUCAUCAUCAAAGGCGCCGUGUCGCAUUGGCCAGCAGCCAAAAAACUGAAUUACGAAUAUCUUAAGGAGUUGUAUGAAAGUGUGCCAGGCGCCCUGGACGAGGACUGCCAAUUCCUUCAUUUUCGUUCAGAUUUCAUGACGCUCCGCGAUGUAUUCCAAAUGUCGGAGGAACGUGCGAAGUUUGCAGAUGGCAAUCAGCCAUGGUACGUUGGGUGGAGUAACUGUCACCCGGUUAUUCUGAGCGAAUUGAGGAAAUUAUACCCGCGACCGCAUUUCUUGCCGGAGGACGCUGAGAUGCCGAACACUGACUAUGUGUUUUUGGGGUACGAACAGGGUGCGAUUAUGCAUUUAGACUACAUUCCGCGGCUAAUGUGGCAAGCACAAUUGCAAGGGAAUAAGAGUUGGGUGCUGGCUCCAACUCCGGAGUGCGAUCAAGUUUGUCAUUCCUUUUCGUUCUAUGUGGAGCCAGGCGAUGCUGUCUUAGUAGACACUCGCAUUUGGUACCACGGAACUUCCAUUCCCAAAGGACAAUUCGCCCUCACAAUCCAGUCGGAAUACGGAUGAUGGCUCGCUUUGUCGACGAAUCGAUAAAAUCCUAAUCUGGGAAACGACAGCUCAAAUAGACGUAAGCCUAGCUUUAUCAGAAUUUUUCCAAAAAUCACGGAAUCUUUCCACAAUCAAAUAUUUAUAACUCAACGUUCUGAUUAUUUACUACUUACUGGUGCCAUUCAUAUUAGUCUGUAAGCGAUGGAAAGUGUUAACGUGGGAACGGUUAUGUCGGGAAAAUUGCUCAUAGUUUUACUCCGUAAUAUUUAUGACAUCAUUGUUUGUAGAGUGCUCCCGUUUUGUGGAUUUCUAGUCAAAAGUUUUGUUUCGUAACGCUUUUCAGUUUUUAUAAGCAGCCAAAUAUGUAGUGAAAGAAAAAACGAAUUGGACCAAUUUUUGUAGCCGUACUUUGCCUUUAUCCUGACGGAUGUGAUUUGCUUUUGCUGGGGUUUGGAUGGGAAUGGAUCGUGUAUUAUGAACGAGAGAUAGUCAGUAAGUUGAAAUUGUAUCGAUUAGAAUUUAAGCUAGAAGCUCACCUCUAAACCUGUAAAAGUUCCGUGUUCAUAUGAAAGCAUUUAAGUUAUUGUAUUUUAUGCCAAAUAAAAAUUGUGCAAUAAGUU